AUGAAGAAAUGAGUCCUGUAGUGGCGUACAGUUUGCAGCUGGCUCCCCGAGUCUUGAGAGGGCUCUUCCGCAGCACUUAUUCACAGUUGGCUAUGGCGAAACCAUGCAUCUUGGCCACCAGGCUUGGUGCACCGGGCGCGAUAUACAAGUGCUAUGCGCCCUGUAUUGAGAAACAUUUCACCAUCAUUCCCACAGAAGAAUUCACGCAGAACAGACAAACCCUCUCCGACAGCAUACAGGCAGUGUUUGUCUGGGGUGGUGCUUUGGUGGUUGACCGUGAUCUUCUGCAAUCACUGCCCAAUCUCAAGGUGGUGGUGAACGGUGGGGUGGGUGUUGACCAUUUAGACAUACCACUGAUAAACAGCUUUGGGGUUAAAGUGUGCAACACCCCUCACGUAGUUGACAAUGCCACUGCAGAUAUUGGCAUGGGCUUGAUGCUGGCAUCUGCAAGAAAAAUUCUGGAUGGCCAUAAUUACUCUGUCUGCCAUGACUCUGAUGACUUGCCGGAAAGUUCUAUGGGCAGCGACGUUAGUGGUGCCACUCUGGGCAUCAUUGGGAUGGGCCGCAUCGGCUACAAGGUGGCCAAGAGGGCCUCAGCAUUUGACAUGAAAAUCCUCUACCACAAUAGAAACCGGAGGCCAGAGGAGGAGGAGCGAGCGGUGGGGGCCACCUACUGUGCCAAGAUGGAGGACCUCCUGAAGAGCUGCGACUUUGUCAUGGUGGUGGUCAACCUCUCCCCUCAGACACACAAGCUGAUCGGAGCCAAAGAACUGGCCCUCAUGAAGCCUACUGCCACCCUGGUCAACAUCAGCAGAGGCCUGGUGGUGGACCAGGAGGCCCUUGUGGAUGCCCUGCAGAGGAAAGCUAUCGGUGCUGCUGCUCUCGACGUCACCUACCCAGAGCCACUACCCAGAGGUCAUCCUCUGCUGUCCUUCCCGAAUGUGAUCGUGUUGCCCCACAUGGGCACCCACAGCAGGGAGACGACCGGGGUGAUGGUGGAGAGGAUGAUCACCAACGCCCUGGCAGCCCUACGUGGAGACACACCUCCCAACGAAGUCAAGGUGUAAGACUUUGCAAAUGCUGCAAUGAUAUGUCUUCUCGGACACCAGGAACCAUAGUGAAAUGCAAUGAUAUUCCUUUGAAAUCACAAUGCUGACUGUGAAGUUGAUGUAAGAUUAAUCUUGGUUUAAGCUUGAUUUUUACCAUGAAAAUGAUUUAUAAACAAUAAUUACUGUGUAAUGUAGUGUGUCAUUAUAUCCUGUCAUUAUGCACAAUUGCCUUAAAUAAUAAAAGGCUGAUAUACAGUAUUUUUAAAUAAAAUCAGUAAUUUUCCUCAUGAAUUCACAUUUUACAAUAAAAAAAGGUUGAUUAUCUUA